AUGUUGUUGGGAGCCUGCAACAGGGAUGUGUUUUCUUGCUUAAAUGAAGUCAAAUCAUUUUAUGAAGAGUAUGUUUCGAGAAAGGGUUUUGGGUGGAAGAUUAGAUCUUCAAAAAAAGGGCAAGAUGGGGAGCUCUGCUACUUAAUUUUAUCAUGCUCAAGAGAGGGGUCUAAAGUGUCAAAAAUUGUGUGUACGUUAAAAACACUUCCAACUAAGGUAAAUAAUUGUCCUGCCAAGAUUGUUAUUAAGUUGGAUAAAGAUGGAUUGUGGCACAUUACAAAAUUUGAACCUGAUCAUACUCACGAGACGAGUCCUACAAAGGCAAGGUUGUUCAAAGCUAACAAGAAAAUGAAAUUGCAUGUAAAGAGAACAAUACAAAUCAAUGAUGAUGUAGGAGUGAGGAUCAACAAGACAAUUCAACCUCUUGUUAAAGAUGCAGGAGGGCAUGAAAACAUACCAUUUUGUGAAAGAGAUGUGAGGAAUUAUGUUAACAAGGAAUGA